AUGGCCAUGUAUGAAUGUCCUACCUUCAAUGGAAAAUAUUUGCUGUUACGUUCAGAAGAAUUGAAAAUCAAAAGCAAUAGGAAAACCAGGAGUCAGAGGGAAACCAGGAGUCAGAGGAAAACCAGGAGUCAGAGGAAAACCAGGAGUCAGAGGGAAACCAGGAGUCAGAGGAAAACCAGGAGUGAGAGGAAAACCAGGAGUCAGACGGAAACCAGGAGUCAGAGGGAAACCAGGAGUCAGUGGGAAACCAGGAGUCAGUGGGAAACCAGGAGUCAGAGGAAAACCAGGAGUCAGAGGAAAACCAGGAGUCAGACGGAAACCAGGAGUCAGAGGGAAAUCAGGAGUCAGUGGGAAACCAGGAGUCAGAGGAAAACCAGGAGCCAGGGGAAAACCAGGAGCCAGGGGAAACACAAACUUGACGAAGCGACAAUUCAGUCCAUCAAACGCCAAGAAAAGAAAGAAAAAAAUGUCUACAAUCAAGAAAAGUGUAUGAUGGAGAAAAUCGAGAGUGAAUCCGAGCCUUCCCGAAAAAAAAAUCCCAAAACAGUGAUGAAAGCAAAGCAGAUAGAAAUGGACAAGUACUAA